CAGCCUCAGACAUUCAACAACAGCUACCCCGCUCAGACCGUAGAGAACAGCGGCAGAUCGUCAGACCCAAACGAUGGACACUAUGAACAGAACUUUUUUAGUGAAAUCUUACCGAUUCUCUUUCUUCUUGCGCACACUUAUGUAACAAUUGGCUCCAGGCUAUUUAAGAGAAAACAGUUGUGAACUUCUGAACAUGAUUGAGUAUAUAAGGAUUCCCAUGGUCAUCGAUUCUGAACGAUGAAGUCAAAAUGUUCAAACGGAUUUCUUGCAGCGUAAUUUAAGGUGUUUCGAGUUACCUGGAAUUUAGUACGACAAAUUACAUUCCGAACAUAAAAUGGAUCUGUGGGGGUUGUAUCUGUUUCAACUAGUCAUUUUUGCCCUGCAGGAGGCGGUAUCUGCGAGCAGAGACUGCCUGGUGGCUGGAGACUCCUGCUCCAGUGACGAGACCUGCAGCCCACGCCUGCGGACCCUGCGCCAGUGUGUGGCAGGCAACGGCAGCAUGAAGUUGGGGCCCGGGGCACGGAGCCAGUGUGCCAACGCCGUUUCAGCCCUUCUCUCCAGUCCCUUACACGGCUGCCAGUGCAAACGGGGCAUGAAGAAGGAGAAGAACUGCCUGAGCAUCUACUGGAGCCUGCACCAAUCUGUCAUACAUGGUGUCACCCUGGUGGAGAGUUAUCCCGACUCUGAGGUUGGCAUGACGACAGUGAACCGUUGCCUAGACGCGGCCAAGGCGUGUAACGUGGAUGAUCUGUGCCAGAAGUUACGCACCGAGUACGUCUCCGCCUGCAUCAAGACCACCGCCAAGUCGGGCCUGUGUAACCGUCCCAAGUGCAACAGGGCUCUGCGGCGCUUCUUCGACCGCGUUCCCCCAGACUACACGCACGCGCUGCUCUUCUGCCCCUGCACGGACACGGCCUGUGCGGAGCGCCGACGGCAGACCAUCGUACCUGGCUGCUCCUACGAAGGCCCUGACAGGCCCAGCUGCCUCACUCAGAUGCGUAUAUGCAAGGCGGACAAUGUGUGCAGAUCCCGCCUGGCCCAGUUUCAAUAUGACUGCCAACCCAACAAGUCAUCUGCCAACGGCUGCAAGCAAGGGAACCAUGGAGCCUGCCUCCUUGCCUACACAGGCUUGAUAGGCAGCUCCAUCACACCCAACUAUGUGGACAACUCCACGUCCAGCGUGGCCCCCUGGUGCUCCUGCUCCACCAGCGGGAACCAGCGAGAAGAAUGCUCCGACUUCCUGGAGUACUUCACAGAGAACAUCUGCCUCGAAAACGCUCUCCUGGCAUUUGGCAGUGGAUCGGACCAGGCGCCCACCACCAGCCAAUCAGGAUUUUCCGGCUCCACCUCUUCCUUGCCAGCUAUGGCGGAGACCAUACGGAAUGUUCUGGACCCAGUGAUACCCACACAGGCCACAGGAAAUGAACCCCUUUGGGGUGAUUCAACCAUUCCAUCCAAUGGGCUGCCUAAUGUUGCCCCUACUCUCACCCCCAUGCCUCCGUCUGCCUUCGCUGGCCUUCUGCUCCUCUCAAUGCUCUUCCAUGGACAUUAAGGACUGAGGGGCCAUCUAGGACAAAUGUUGCAUCACCGGCCAGAUGGGAAGAUCUGUGGCUCUUCAGCGUACCCCGUUUCACUAAAUACGUUGAGCAUAUCUGGGUUUUUUUCUAUUUUUGUGUCUUGAUGUUCCAAUUUCACCUGCCAGUUUCUGUCAAAGUAUUGACUCGCAGAGCCUGAGGCAGAUUGCAACCAAUCUGUAUAUUUGUACAUUGCUAUUACGUCAGAUUCUAUUACACGAGAGAAAAGCUUUUGUGUGGACUAAACUACAGUCCAGCUGUUCAAGCAUAUCCGUAGUUUAUUUUUGAGAGUAGCUUGAGAAGAACCAUUAAGACACUACAAGGUUGUCUAAUAAGAUUUAUAAUAACAGAAAGCUCUUACCUGGAAUUGUUGUCUGGAGAAAUAGACCCUUGUGAAGUGGUAAAAUGUGUCUUUAUUUUGCUCUCGAACCACAAACUGAUUGGAAAAGACCCUUGAGGACACAGGGCUCUCAUGCUACUGGCCUUCCUGUGACUGAACGAGGGACGUUAUUUCUGAUCAAUACUGGAAUGGAAUAGAUAGACAAUGGAGCUCCAAUCAGCUUAGCUUUCCAGGACACAUCCACCCUGACUUUCUCCACAUUCCUGUGCACCUGCUGUGCACACAGCACACCUGACAUUAACCCUCAUGCCCAAGUUGAAAAAUGGGCAGUAAGUCAGUGUGCCAUGUCGGACUGAUGUGUUUUUGUUAAUGCUACGUAGGUGUUCCUUGCCGAAACAACAUAUUCUUCAGACUCAAAAAACAGUAACUCUUUACAUGUAGAUCCAUUGCUGUGUGUUUUGUGGAAGUAUUGUUAUGUAUUUCUCAUUGUGUACAUAGGCAUCACUAACAUUGCAGAAUUAUUGUGCCAUAUUAAGGCUGGUGCUUGCUAUGUGAGGCCACGAAUGACAGAAUAUGACCUGGUCAUGGCCAGACAGUUGUGAAUGAUUCAGAGUUCUCUGUUUAAAAAAGGCUAAUGAUUUCUAACAAGAAGGGAUUUGUUUAAAGU